CUAGUGAACAUGGCGGAGGGCGGAGCGGCCGAGCUGGAGACGCAGCGCGCCGAUACCGCGGCGCUGAUGAAGACACCGCUGAAGAAGGGUGAUACCUGGUACCUGGUGGAUAGCCGGUGGUUUAAGCAAUGGAAGAAAUAUGUUGGCUUUGAUAGCUGGGACAAAUACCAGAUGGGAGACCAAAAUGUGUAUCCUGGUCCUGUUGACAACUCUGGGCUUCUGAAAGGUGGAGAUUCACAGUCUCUAAAGGAGCAUCUCAUAGAUGAGCUGGAUUAUAUCCUGGUACCCACAGAAGGCUGGAAUAAGCUGGUCAGCUGGUAUGGAUUAAAAGAGAACCAAGAGCCAAUUGCACGAAAGGUGGUGGAGCAGGGCAUGUUUGUGAAGCAUUGCAAAGUGGAAGUGUACCUAACAGAAUUAAAGUUGUGUGAAAAUGGUGACAUGAACAAUGUCAUAACAAAGCGAUUUAGCAAAGCUGACAUCAUAGAUACAAUUGAAAAGGAGAUGCGGAAGCUGUUUAGUAUACCAGAAGAGAAAGAAAUUAGAUUGUGGAAUAAGUAUAUGAGCAACACGUUCGAACCCUUGAAUAAGCCCGAUAGCACGAUACAAGAUGCAGGACUAUACCAAGGGCAGGUACUGGUAAUAGAGCAGAAGAAUGAAGAUGGAACGUGGCCAAGAGGUCCUUCCACUAAUAAGUCUCCAAGUGCUUCAAAUUUUUCAACAUUGCCAAAGGUUUCCCCUUCAGCUCUAUCCAAUAAUUAUAGCAGCUUCAACAACAGAAAUGUGAAAAAUUCAAACUACUGUAUUCCCCCAUAUGCUGGCUAUAACAGCUACGAUUAUCUAGAUGCAGGAAGACACAGUGAACAGAGUGGCCUGUGUGGCUUAAGUAAUUUGGGUAACACUUGUUUUAUGAAUUCAGCUGUACAGUGUUUGAGUAAUACCCCUCCACUGACAGAAUACUUCCUAUCCGAUGAAUAUGUGGAUGAGUUAAAUCAUGACAACUUACUGGGAAUGAAAGGAGAAAUAGCUAAUGCUUAUGCAGAUCUCAUCAAGCAGAUGUGGUCCGGAAAAUAUAGCUAUGUUACACCAAGGGCAUUUAAGACACAGGUUGGUCGCUUUGCUCCCCAGUUUUCAGGCUACCAGCAACAGGACUCUCAAGAAUUGCUGGCCUUUCUUCUUGAUGGCUUGCAUGAAGAUUUGAAUAGAAUUAGAAAAAAGCCAUAUAUUCAAUUGAAAGAUGCAGAAGGCAGACCUGAUGAGGUGGUUGCUAAGGAAGCAUGGGAAAAUCACAGGAAACGGAACGAUUCUAUCAUUGUUGACAUUUUUCACGGUCUUUUUAAAUCUACUCUUGUUUGUCCCGAAUGUUCAAAGGUUUCUGUGACAUUUGAUCCCUUUUGUUAUUUAACACUUCCUUUGCCCUUGAAAAAAGAACGCACUUUGGAGGUUUUCCUUGUCAGAAUGGAGCCACUCAGCAAACCAGUGCAGUAUAAAGUAGUUGUUCCUAAAAUAGGCAUUAUUUCCGAUCUGUGUGCUGCACUGUCCACUCUGUCAGAUGUUCCUGCAGACAAAAUGGUUGUCACAGAUAUAUACAACCACCGAUUCCAUAGAAUAUUUUCCACGGAUGAGAACCUCAGUAGCAUCAUGGAAAGAGAUGAUAUCUUUAUUUUUGAAGUAACUGGCAAUAGGACAGAUGACACAGACAAUGUUGUGAUUCCGGUAUAUUUACGUGAGAAGUAUCGGCAGCCUACCUAUGGCCACCAUAGUAAUGUGUGCUUGUUUGGACAGCCCUUUAUGAUAUCUGUGCCCAGAAACAUAACUGAAGAAAAGCUUUAUAACCUACUACUGAUGAAAAUGUGCCGUUAUGUUAGAACCUAUAAUGAAAAUGAAGAAGAAGAAGAAAGUCUUCGUUUUUCCAAAGACCUUGGUAUCAAUGGCAAUGGGCAAAAUGGUGUACAUGAGGAGGGAUCUCCAAGUGAAAUGGAGACAGAUGAACAAGAUGAUGAAUCCAGUCAAGAUCAAGAACUACCUUCUGAGAAUGAGAACAGCCAAUCAGAGGACUCUGUUGGAGGCGAUAAUGAAGAUUCUGAAAAUGGUAUCUGCACUGAAGACCCCUGUAAAGUCCAGCUGUUCCAGGGACAUAAAAAACAGCUCUUUACAUUCCAGUUCAAUAAUUUAGGAAAUACAGAUAUCAAUUAUGUCAAAGAUGACAGGCAAAUCCGAUUUGAAGACAGCAGGCAAAUCAGACUUGAUGAACGAACAUAUCUAGCAUUAGACUGGGAUCCCGAAAUAAAGAAGCAAUACUUCGAUGACAAUGCAGCAGAGGAUUUUGAGAAGCAUGAAAGCAUGGAAUAUAGGCCACAGAAAAAAAUUUUUGUUAAGUUAAAAGAUUGUAUUGAACUUUUUACAACUAAAGAGAAGCUGGGUGCAGAGGACCCAUGGUACUGUCCAAACUGCAAGCAACAUCAGCAAGCCACCAAAAAACUAGAUUUGUGGUCAUUGCCCCCUGUGUUGGUGGUGCAUUUGAAGCGAUUUUCCUAUAGUCGUUAUUGGCGAGACAAGCUGGACACACUGGUUGAUUUUCCUAUUAGUGAUUUAGAUAUGUCAGAAUUUCUUAUAAAUCCAAAUGCUGGUCGUUGUGAAUAUAACUUGAUUGCUGUUUCAAAUCACUAUGGUGGAAUGGGUGGAGGACAUUACACAGCCUUUGCCAAGAACAAAGAUGACAAUAAGUGGUACUAUUUUGAUGACACCAGUGUUUCAUCGGCAGUAGAAGACCAAAUAGUGUCAAAAGCAGCUUAUGUCCUCUUCUACCAGAGACAAGAUACAAUCAGUGGUACUGGCUAUUUUGCACACGAUCAUAGUGCCAAGAAGGAAACCUCUACAUCUUUAGGCAUCCAGCAGGAGAGUGACGAGGACUGCAAUGAGAAUGAUGUAGAAAAUGAAAACUGCAUGCACACAAACUGACAGCAAUGAUGCCAUGUCAAAACUCUCCCAUGCAGAUUCCUGCCCGCAGGCACUGGAAAGCUAGAAACAUACCACAAAUAAAGAGCGAAACAUCAUCUGGAAAAGAGGUGCUACAUCAGCCCAAGCUAAAAGCCAUUUUGGAUUUUACGUGAUGAGAUAGACUUAAGUGAAUUACUUGAAGCUGAAGUGUAUUAGAAAAUCAACUAGAAGCUAAUUGCGGUAUAUGAUUCAUGAAAUCUAUUUGUCUUACUGAUGUAUGCUGUUCUUUACACUAAACAUAAGAAAUAAUUAAAUGGUUCCCCCUUCACUCCUCCCAACGUUUUUGAAAAUGUGAUAGUUCAUCUCCCAAAAAAAGUUAGUUAUUUUUGUAAGGAUUUUGUUCCAUGAACUAAAGUAAGCAGAAAAAUGUGCAAUGUACGUGCCCUGCUUAAGCAAUGGCAAACAUGAGCACUUAAACAGAAUGGAUCACUAAUUCAGUGACAGCUCCUGCCAUCUUUGUCGAAACAAGCAUCGUAAAGCCCAUAAAAAUCGAGGACGAGACACAAAACUGGCUAUUGAAAAAUGCCAUGCAAUGACUUCCAAGUUCCCAUUGAUCAUCAUCAAUUAACCUGUAUUAUGGGUUACUGUUCCAGAUAAGCUAAGUGGAAUGGACCCAUAUUGUGGAAGUGAAUAAAGCUUGUGUGUGUGCUACCUACGAACAUUUAUCAACUCUACUUUAACCCUUUGAGGACUGCAGUGGCAUUUCUGCACCAAAAUAAGGAAACAAAGGAAAUUACAACUAUGUUCAUUCAAGAAGUCAACAGAUUUAGAAAUGUUCAGCUGUCCCCGUAUACUUCUCAAUUCUACUUUCCAAAUAAUUGUGAGGUGCAGCAUUAGAAAUGAACCGAAAGUCGUUUCUGCAGGUAUUCUGUGACAGAAAACGUAUUUUGUAAACUGCAAAUGGGCUUGCAGUACUCAGGGUUAAAAAUAGAAUGUCAUAAUAGAUUAAAUUGAUGUGCUGGAUAAUUUUCAUUUGUUCAGCAAACUUGGUUUGCACUCUUUUACUUUUGGUGUAUGACCAGGGCCUAAUGUAACUAUCUUCGUAACUCUUAAGUUAUUGUAUUAAAACUAGGCUCAAAAGCAACAAUAUAGCAAUGAAUUACAUUAUCAAAUUUAAUAGAACAAGUGAGCAAGAGGGUUAAUUUUGUUUUAAUUCCUUUUUGGAAUUCACCAUAGCCUUACAGCAUAUUAAAUUGUGUAUAGUAACCAUUUGCAUGUUGCAGUAACAAUUGUAUAUAUUAUUGGGUAAACCUAGUUGAAUUUAUUGGUGAGCUGUACUUGAGGGGCCAGGAUGCCAACAGCCUAGAGUGGGAUUUUGAUUUUUUUUCUGAACUGCUGCUUUCCAUUUGAUGUAAGUCAAAGGAUGUGUUUUUUGGUUUCUUACUGCCAUUGGCAGAAGCUGCAUAAUGCUUAAGAAAUUGCUGUUCUAUAUGAAGUUGAUCGCUUUCGUGUCCCAUUGCCAAUAAAGGAAAUGAUGGUCUUUGCUUUUAAAUGAAAACAAAAAAAACACAUUAUAAACUGAUUUGAAUGGUGUAUUGUAUAAAAUAAGUUCACUCUGUGAGUGCACACUUGGUAAAUUAUUUUAUUGAGAUGUUAUAGUUAGACCAGGUUGAGUUAAGUAUGAGUCGAAAAUGGCUUUGCAGAGUAACUUGAUAUUAGUGCUGAUAAUUGUUGAUGUUCUAUUGUCUAAUUUUGCCCUUUUUUUAUUUUAUUCUCCCUUUACUUUGUAAAAUGGAAGUCAUGAACCUCCAGCAUGUCUGAGGUAAAUGUUUGACUGCACUUCAUUUAAUUUAAUUUUACAUUUGAAACUUGCAUGUUUGUUUAUAAAUUUACAAUAAAGUUAUGCAAGGCCUUAGCCACUCCACUCUGUCCUGAUAACUGGGUAAAGCUUACUGCAAGCUCAGUUGUCAUUGGUUACUGGGGAAUAUAAACUGCACUGGUAUGAUAGGUAUAGUGUACUACAAAAUGUUUUCAGUAAAGGUUUACUAAGUUUCAUACUUGGCGUUAAACAAUUUGCUCAAUUAAUAUUUCCUUAAAUGGAUAGCAUUGUUAAAAUAUA